AGAAAUCAAUGAUAGCAAGAUAAUUAUGUCGGUGGAUUCUGGUAACGGAUCUCCUUUAGUAUUAGCAAGAGAAUUGCCUUUGUUGUGCGAUAAUAAAUGGCACAACAUAUCGGCAUUAUACGAUUCUGAAGAACUGUCAAUUCGAGUUGAUCAGCUACUACCGUGGUCAAGAGUCAGGGCGCCUCCUGGACAUGACAUGCCUAUAUUUAAAGGUCCUUUAUAUAUAGGAGGACUGCCUGACGAAGCUACGAGUGGCAGUCUAGUUACCAGGGACAAUUUCAAUGGAUGCAUAAGAAAUGUUGCUCUUGAGGGAAAAAUCAAGGAUUGGACGGACAUGGAUAGUCUGCACAAUGUCCUCCUAGGUUCAUGUCCUGUUGCACAUUGAUGCACGUAAGACUAAAAUAUAAUUUUAUUAUACUUAGUUAAAAUAAUCAAUAACUCUUCAAUAGAUAAUUGAAAAUCGUUACUUUACAUUCAUGUUUGGAAAAUGUCAAUCCUGGCAUAAAAAAUAUUAAAAAUAUUUUGUAUUUACU